AUUGAUAUUUUUCUCACUCCAAAACGGUUUUGUGCUUCAUUCUCCACCGUUCAAAUACAUUUAUUCACAAACCCAAAUCUCCAAUAAUUCAACCUUUAUAAAAGGGUACCUCUCUGUUAUUGCAUUUGAUUCAGAAUUUUUAAGAUCUGGCAAGAAAGAUGCUGCUAAGAAGCUCUUCUACUCCAAUUCUUGGAUCUCUUCUUACAGAUAGUUGUGGGGAAGCUGUUACACCAAACCAUUUCAAGAAAGUAUUGUAUCCCCACCAUGUUGGAUCCCUCAACUUCAACAAGUUUUCUUGCAGUUCUUCUUCCCCUAGCUCCCCUUCGGUUUCUGAGUUUUCUUCUGGCAAGCAGUUGUCCAGAAAUGGGUUUCGAAAAGUUAUGUCGGAGGGGAACUUGGAAGGGUUGGCAGUCCAUGAACCCGGCAAUGGUGAGGAUGAGUUCAGUCUUGCUAUCCCGCUGAAGAAGUUCCCACGCGUGAAUGGGUUGGAAACCAUCCCGUCUUUCUCGUUACAUGGCUCGGGAAGUUGUGAAGAUGAAGAAAGUGAUGUAGAUGAGGAAUUGGAGGAGGCCAUGGAUGGUGUUGUUAAUCAAGGCUUGAAAGCAGAAAUGACUGAAAUGGGUCUGAAGGUUGCAGAAGGGAGAGAGAUGUGUCUUACCAGAGAGGCUAUGGUUGUUAAUGGUGGCGGUGAUGAUCCUACUGGAGGUUGUGGUGCCACCGGUGGUGGUGGUGGCUGUAAGCCAGUGGCCUUUCCCAGGGGCGGGGGCGAUAGCCAUGGGUUCAGUAUGGAGGAGUACUACAAGAAGAUGGUGGAGGAAAAUCCCAGCAAUCCCCUGUUCUUGAGGAACUAUGCUCACUUCUUGCAUCAAACAAAGGGAGAUUGUAAAGGAGCAGAGGAAUAUUACUCGAGGGCAAUUCUAGCAGAUCCAGGAGAUGGUGAAGUUCUAUCACAGUAUGCUAACCUGGUUUGGGGGCUCCACCGAGAUGCUGAUAGAGCAACGAGCUACUUUGAACGCGCAGUCCAAGCUGCUGCAGAAGACAGCCAUGUUCAUGCUGCAUAUGCAAGGUUUCUCUGGGAAAUUGAAGACAAUGAGGAUGAAGAAGAUGACGUACCAAGUAAUGCACAUAUAAAGCCGGUUCUCCAUCCAGGAGCAAUGGCAUCUGCAACUGCUCACUGAAUUGAAUUGUAUCCCUGUAGUUUUAGGUAGCAGUAAUAAUAGAUAUGACAGAUGAAAUUCUUUUCAGUUCUAAGAAGCUUAGCGGGAGAGUGAGUGCAAUGAUUAACUCAACUCGACUAAGCUAUAUUCCCAAUAAGGGUCUAUAUAGAAUCUUGAACUCCAUUCGAAAUGA